AUGCUAUCCCAACCAGUCCCGGUCACCAUUCCUCACCAACGGGAACAGGCUGCCGCUGCAGAAGAGGUCAAAGACCGCGCCUAUGUCUCCGACUACAAUGAAACAGACUACAGCGACUUUCUGUACUUAGCACCGCCGCUCGCGGCCGAGUUUCUCCCUCUGGCGCCAAACGCCGCCGACCAAGCCGCUGCACUGGGGGUCAAAAAGGCCAAGAUCCGACCGGCCGAGACAUUCAACACGGGCACGACUCCUCCCCCAAGCACCCCGGCUGAUGGGUGUGAGAAGGAGUAUUUCAGCGCGACGUACUCGCCCAGUGGUGCAAGGACACCGAAGCCAGAAGCAGCUCAAGCAUCAGGGGCGGCGGCGGCGGCGGCGGCGGCGGAGAGACGGGAACGAAGACCCAGCUUCGUCCAGGUCACUCCCGUCAAAGUCCACCAUGACCACGACACGCACAAAGACGCACACAGACAGAAGAGGCAUUCGCAUUCAUCGUCGCACAGUUCGGAGCCGAUGAAUUGGUGGCCCGAGGACGAAAGCGUCGCGCAGCACGAGUGGGUGGAUGAAGGGGUCGAAGAGGAGGAUGUCAUCGAGGAAGAGGUCUGGAGUGAUGCCUUUUACGAGUGA